UAGACCUGGUCGUAGGCCUCCUAUUCCCAUCCCUGUAUCUAUACCUGAUCCAUAGCCACACUCACCUAUAUCUCCCUUUUCCCUUUUCUUCGUUGGCCGUCGCUUCUACACCGCCGCUGUCGCCGGGUGCUGUUCAGGUCUGGAAAAUAAAAAGAGAAGAAAGUAAAAGCUGACUGAACGCUGGUUCACCAGCCGUUCACCCCUCACAGUUUCUGUCUCAUCGCCAGCUUAUUCAUCUACUUCUUUUGCAGAUAAUGGCUUGUUAUGUAUCUUCAGCGCCCUGUCGAGGAUUCCUAUUCCCUAUCUCACAAUCCACCUUGAAACAACAAGUUUUUCCAUGUGCAAGUAAAGUAUAUACCGCCAUUACAGCUCAUCCUCCCUCCCAUUCUUCACUUAUCUUCACCAAGAGAUGUUACAGUGGUUUUAGUUGCAAGGCUGAAAAGGAAUACAAAUUUCCCGAUCCAAUUCCGCAGUUUGCUGAUGCUGAGACGGAGAAAUUCGAAAAUCAUUUGCGGAAGAAGUUGUCGAAGAAAGACAUAUAUGGAGAUUAUGUAGAUGAUGUCGUCGGUAUCUGUUCGGGGGUAUUAAGCGAAUUCUUGCACACAGAGUAUGGGGGGCCGGGAACAUUGCUGGUGAACCCUUUUAUCGACAUGGCAGAUAACAUAUACGAGACAGGCUUGCCGGGAGGUCCUCAAGCUGCCCGGGCAGCCAUUAAAUGGGCGCAGGCGCACAUUGACGCAGAUUGGAAAAACUGGACUGGGGAAAAGUAGAACAAUGUAAGAAUUCCAGCAAAUAUAUGAACAAAAUAACUCUAACUAGCCGUUGUAGUUGUAGUUGCAGCAGGUUUGAACUUGCCGGGGUUUUUGAUCUAACAUUUUAUUCAAAUUCCCCGCUGCAUAGGCAACCCCGCAGACAACACAUGCUAUAACAACGUAAUAUAUUGCUGUCUUCGUAAUGUAGCUCGUGAUUCGCUGCCUCGGUGCCCGUUUAAGACAAGCUUUUGUAGUUGCAAGAAUGAAAACUCAUGGGUUCAAACA